CAGCAAGACUCAGACCAGGGGGCGGCAGGUCUCUCUUUCGCAGUUUCUCUACAGCUGUUUCCACCCUUGUAGGCUGUUUUGGUGCUUGCCUUAAGCAAACCAGGAGCACUUUCCCCUGUGGGCCCAUGGGGCAGAGUUUGCAGCCGGAGCCGUCCGGGGACAGGAGCGGUGGGAGGAAGCCGGCUGAGAUGGAGGGGGAGGGCUCUGAGCUGGAACGGGGCCUCCAUGCCAUCGUGGGCAGCUUCUACAGGUACGCCGAGGGAGCUAAGGAGCUGGACCAGGCGGCUUUCCAGACGUUGCUCAGCAAUGAGCUGAGCCAUCAGCUCACGAGCCCCGAGGACCAGCAGGCAGCGCUGGACCUGUUUAAGAAGGUGGAUGCCAACAACGAUCAGAAGAUCUCCUUCGACGAGUACUGGGAUCUCAUCGUAGAGAUUUGCCGCGUCAUCCGGCGCAGCACUUAUAACGAGUAGCGACCGGGAAGCGGUGUCUGGUGGGGAAACUGAGGCACGCGCCUCAUCGGGAAAUGCCCCCAAACCCUUUGCCUGAAGCACUCAAAGCAAACCUGCACCUCCCCCACCACACCACACCCCUGCUUAACCCAGCGACAUUAAUCUGUCUGUCCAUCCCCCAUCCCCGUCCCCUGAGCUGCACGUCUCAUGCUGCUGCAGCUGGCCCUGUCCCCCACACCUGGAUCCCAUCCUGAUCACCCCUUGGCCUUUGCUCCCCAUCUCCCCCACUGCUGGGAGUCACCCCGUACACCCCAAAUCCGCCCUGGCUUGUGCUCCCCGUGUCACCCAUCUCCCCUCCAGCCCUGGCAUGGGAGCCCCACACGACCCAGCUCUCCAUCAGCUGGGCUCCCCCUCCGAUCCCUGCCCCAUCACUGGGAUCUCUCCCCCACCCCCUAUGGCCUGUUCUCCCCGCGCCACCCACCGCCCCGCUGUCACUCGGUAACACAGCUUGAAUAAAGAGCCCGCUCUGAGCUCCA